UGCGUCACUUCCGCCCCGCCCGCUGCCACUUGUGGCUCGGCCGCUCUAGCCCCCGGCGGAGCCAGCAGCUGCUCUCAGGUGCCGGUGCCGUUGCCGGCCCCGUUGCCGAGGGAACGGGCUCCCGGCAGCCCCCGCGGCCUGGAGUCCGUCUCCGCCUCCUCCGGCCCGGCGGGGCCGACAAGUCCGGUGGGGCUGCCGCGGGAGCCCCCAGGUUCCCUAGAUGACAAGCAAACAUUCCUCUUCCCACCUGAAGAUAACCUGUGGAGACCUUGGUCAUGGCAUCGAUAUCAGAGCCUGUCACCUUCAGAGAGUUCUGCCCCUUGUACUAUCUCCUCAAUGCCAUUCCCACGAAGAUCCAGAAGGGUUUCCGCUCUCUCGUGGUCUACCUCACGGCCCUCGACACCAACGGGGACUACAUUGCAGUGGGCAGCAGCAUCGGCAUGCUCUAUCUGUACUGCCGGCACCUUAACCAGAUGAGGAAGUACAACUUUGAGGGGAAAACAGAAUCCAUCACUGUGGUGAAGCUGCUGAGCUGCUUUGAUGACCUGGUGGCAGCAGGCACCGCCUCUGGCAGGGUUGCCGUCUUUCAGCUUGUAUCUUCACUGCCAGGGAGAAAUAAACAGCUUCGGAGAUUUGAUGUCACUGGUAUUCACAAAAAUAGCAUUACAGCUCUGGCUUGGAGCCCCAAUGGAAUGAAAUUGUUCUCUGGAGAUGACAAAGGGAAAAUCGUUUAUUCUUCUCUGGAUCUAGACCAGGGUGUCUGUAACUCCCACUUGGUGUUGGAGGAGCCGUCUUCCAUUGUGCAGCUGGAUUAUAGCCAGAAAGUGCUGCUUGUCUCUACUUUGCAAAGAAGUCUGCUUUUUUACACUGAGGAAAGGUCUGUCAAGCAAAUUGGAACACAACCAAGGAAAAGUACUGGGAAAUUUGGUGCUUGUUUUAUACCAGGACUCUGUAAGCAAAGUGACCUAACCUUGUAUGCAUCCCGGCCUGGGCUGCGGCUAUGGAAGGCCGACGUCCAUGGGACUGUUCAAGCCACAUUUAUCUUAAAAGAUGUUUUUGCUGGAGGAGUGAAGUCUUUCGAACUAUACCCACGCUUAGAAUCCUCUGACGGGGGCAGUUGCAGCUUACCUGAGAAGCACCUGGGACUGGUAUCCUGUUUCUUUCAAGAAGGUUGGGUGUUGAGUUGGAAUGAAUACAGUAUCUAUCUUCUAGACACCAUCAACCAGGCCACAAUUGCUGGUUUGGAAGGAUCAGGUGAUAUUGUGUCUGUCUCCUGCACAGAAAAUGAGAUAUUUUUCAUAAAGGGAGAUAGGAACAUUAUAAGAAUUUCAAGCAGACCUGAAGGACUAGCAUCAAUAGUGAGAGAUGGUCUGGAGGUAUCAGGAUGCGCAGAGCGAGUCCACGUGCAGCGAGUGGAGAAGCCGCCAGGGGCCGCAGUUUCUGAGACAAGGCUCAGAGGCUCUUCCGUGGCCAGCUCUGUGGCCAGCGAGCCGAGGAGCAGGAGCAGCUCACUCAACUCCACCGAUAGCAGCUCCGGGCUACUGCCGCCCGGGCUCCAGGCCACCCCUGAGCUAAGCCAGAGCAGCCAGCCCUCCUCACAGAGAUUCAGUGUUAUCAGCUCAGAAGACUUCGACCAGGAGCUUGUUGUGAAACCUAUCAAAGUGAAAAAGAAGAGGAAGAAGAAAAAGACAGAAGGCGGAAGCAGAAACCCUGGUCACAGCUCCCUCGAGUCAACUCCGUGCUCUGAGUUUGCUGGCGAGAGUCCCCAGUCCUUGAGCACAGACCUGCUGUCCGUGGCCUCAAGUGUCCUGGGGGGUAGUGUGGGUCAGCUGAGCACAGAGUCUCCGGAGCCGGGAAACCACCUGAGUGGUGAGAUGAGUGGUGACUUGCAGGAAGACACUGACCCUGAAACGUUUAGUGUCCUGGAGGUGCCUGCAUCAGCUCCACAUUUCCUGGACGAGGAGAGUGACUUUAGAACCGAAAUUCCACACUGCAGCCAUGCGUGCGAGCUGGAGCCACUCAACAGAGGGUUGACUUUACCCUUGCUCCCGAGGGACGAUGAGGAAGGCAGUGAUGUCACAGCACUCGAAGAGGAGCCUUUUCUGGCAGGUGAUGAGCCCCAUAGCAGACGGUUACCCUUCCAAGAACAGGACAGGUCUGCUGAGGUACAAGAGGGGGAGGAUGUGGAACCUGAUGACCCCCACUGCGCUCUUUCUGAAGCCCCCCUCCUGAACUCACUCCUGGUGCCUUCCAGCCGCAGCUGGGCCCCGAGUACUGGGCAGCGGCUGCCUGGGCCCAGAGCUGACGAAGGCCACACUGAGGAGUCUGGCAAAGAGCAUGGCAUCUUGACUGACGUGGGGGCUCCCGACCAUCUCAGCUCAAAUCCUGAGCAUGCUGUCACUGAUGUUGACACAGAUCAGAGAGAAGCAUCUGCUUCUGAAUGUGACUUGGGAAAUGUGACAGAACGGUUGACUCCAGUCUCUACCUUGGCAGCCAGCACUCACAAGCCUUGGCUCGAGCAACCUUCACGGGAUCAGGUAUUGACAUCCAGCGACGAGGAGGACAUCUACGCCCACGGGCUUCCUUCUUCAUCCUCAGAAACGAGUGUGACAGAGCUUGGAGCUAGUCGCUCCCUGCAGGACCUGAGCCAGCCAGGUGCAGAUGACACCGGGCUGCUCAAGUCAGAUCAGUUUGCAGAAAGCUGGAUGGGCUACUCGGGUCCCGGCUAUGGCAUCCUCAGCUUGGUGGUUUCCGAGAAGUACAUCUGGUGUCUGGACUACAAAGGUGGCCUGUUCUGCAGUGCAUUGCCGGGUGCCGGGCUGCGCUGGCAGAAGUUUGAAGACACCGUCCAGCAGGUGGCAGUCUCACCUUCAGGAGCUCUUCUCUGGAAGAUUGAACAGAAAUCUAAUCGAGCUUUUGCCUGUGGAAAGGUCACCAUCAAGGGGAAGCGGCACUGGUAUGAAGCCCUGCCCCAGGCGGUGUUUGUGGCCCUGAGUGAUGACACAGCCUGGAUCAUCAGGACAAGUGGGGAUCUGUACCUCCAGACAGGGCUCAGCGUGGACCGCCCCUGUGCCAGAGCCGUAAAGGUCGACUGUCCCUACCCGCUGUCCCAGAUCACAGCCCGGAACAGCGUGGUGUGGGCGCUGACGGAGCAGAGGGCCCUCCUAUACCGGGAGGGCGUGAGUAGCUUCUGUCCUGAAGGGGAGCAGUGGAAGUGUGACAUCGUCAGUGAAAGGCAAGCUUUAGAGCCUGUCUGUAUAACUCUCGGGGAUCAGCAGACCCUUUGGGCCCUGGAUAUCCACGGAAACCUGUGGUUCAGAACUGGUGUGGUUUCCAAGAAGCCCCAAGGAGAUGAUGACCACUGGUGGCAAGUGAGCAUCACAGACUAUGUGGUGUUCGACCAGUGCAGCUUAUUCCAGACCAUAAUCCACGCCACACACUCGGUGGCCACAGCAGCCCAAGCACCUGUGGAAAAGGUGGCGGAUAAACUACGCAUGGCGUUUUGGUCUCAGCAGCUCCAGUGCCAGCCGAGCCUUCUAGGGGUCAAUAACAGCGGCGUCUGGAUCUCCUCGGGCAAGAAUGAAUUCCACGUUGCCAAAGGAAGUCUCAUCGGCACUUACUGGAAUAAUGUUGUUCCCCGUGGGACAGCUUCUGCUACAAAAUGGGCCUUUGUGUUGGCUUCUGCUGCUCCCACAAAGGAAGGAAGCGUCUUGUGGCUGUGCCAGAGCAGCAAGGACCUGUACUGCGUCAGUGCCCAAAGUGCGCAGUCCCGCCCAUCCACAGUGCAGCUGCCGCCUGAUGCUGAGAUGAGGGCCUACGCCGCCUGCCAGGAUGCGCUGUGGGCUGUGGACGGCCUUGGCCAGGUGUUCAUCAGGACGCUGUCUAAGAGCUGCCCCACAGGAAUGCACUGGACCAGGCUGGACCUCUCCCAGCUAGGAGCUGUAAAACUGACAAGCUUGGCAUGUGGAAAUCAGCACAUCUGGGCCUGUGAUUCCAGGGGUGGAGUUUACUUCCGUGUAGGAACUCAGCCUCUCAAUCCCAGUCUCAUGCUUCCAGCCUGGAUAAUGAUUGAGCCACCUGUCCAGCCCGCUGGGGUCAGCCUGGUUAGCGUCCAUUCCAGCCCCAACGACCAGAUGCUGUGGGCGCUCGACAGCAGGUGGAACGUGCACGUGCGGGCCGGAAUCACCGAGGAGAUGCCCGUGGGGACCGACUGGGAGCACGUGCCAGGGUUACAGGCCUGCCAGCUGGCGCUGAGCACCAGGACCGUGUGGGCCCGCUGUCCAAAUGGAGACCUCGCCCGGCGGUAUGGCAUCACAGACAAAAACCCUGCUGGAGACUACUGGAAGAAAAUCCCCGGAAGCGUGUUGUGUGUCACAGUGACCUCGGCGGAUGAACUGUGGGCAGUGGGGCCCCCUGGCUACCUCCUCCAGCGGCUGACCAAGACGUUCAGCCACUCGCGUGGUACCCAGAAGAGUCAGGCCACCACACCCCACCGCGAGGACCUGGAAGAUGAGUGGGAGGUCAUCUGAAGGAGCCCUGGGCAGUCACCCAGGAGGGCCAGGCGUUUGUGGUGGACACAGUGGGUUUCUGAAUCGCUCUCUGGUGAACACGCCGCAUCCACCCUUGUCCUGACACCUCUGGCCAGGUUGGACACUGCACACCUGCUUUCAUCCGUGUUUGUUUCUGUCUCGUUCCAGAACCCACAGCCUCUGCAAAGGCUGGAGCUCUUGCUGCGGCAGCAGCGCCACUGAGCCCUGGCCAAGGUUGUCUCUGAGGGCUGUGGCUGCUCCCUCGUUGCAUGCACUACCAUCACCCGUGUGCCGCAGUCCUGUUCUCACCACAAGCAUCUCCCGGGCCCGGUGGUGGGAGACGCCUCGGGAGGCCUCCCAUGGGCAGGGUGAGUCAGAACCGGGAGCAGGGAACAUACGAAGCCCCGCCGGCAGCCAGGUUGGCACAGGGACUGUUUCCACAUUAGCAGCCCCGGGGCCGGAUAGAGCGGAAGGCCGGCACUCUGUAGCGGAUGGAUGUGCCCAACAGCAUCUCCAUCAUGGCCCCAGAAACAAGGGCCCAGAGCAUGCUUCAUGGCAGACGCCCCAGAUGGGGAACAGGGCUGGGCUUGAAGGGGGCCUGGGCAUUGCCGGGACGGAGAGCACACGUACAAAUGUACACAUGCACACUUGCCACACCUCGCUGCCCGCCUCCCGGACCACACACACAGCCGAAACAAUAAAGGCCGAUGAUGCAGAGGGACAUGGACAUGUGCACGUGUGUCCUGGGCACGGCGGCCUGGGAGGUGCUGCGGGCGUGGGGAGUGGCCAUAGCAGCUCCUGCAGGACAUCUGUGGAAUGCUGUGGGACCAGUGCUGCCAGUGGACGUCCUGAGCCAGGCGUGUCCUCAGAGGAUGAGCCUAGUAAUUAUUGCCUUUUUUGUUUGUUGUAUUACAAACUGCCUAAGAUACCUCAUUUGAAAUCAAACCUUACAAGUGUAGAAGAGAAGUGUACUUUCUGAACGGCAGAAGGCCUUUGUUCCUUCCGGGGGUUGGCCUGAGCCUGUACUACCCUCGCCUGCAGCUCCAGAAGGUGGGCAUCCCCGGCAUGUCCUGGCUGCACGGUCCCAGGAGCAGCCGCUGGCUCCACAGGCUCUAGAUCGACACCCAGUGGGUUGAAGCAGGUGCCUGCGUGGACAGCUGCUGCGGCCUAUUGGACAGUGGGCAGUGCCCGCCCUUCUGUGGCAGUUCGGGACGAGGCUGCCCCGCCCACCCUGCCCUGAGCCUCUGUCUUCCUGGGGCAACUCCAGCAGCCUUCAAUCAGCUGCUUGCCCUACCCUGCCCCGGGCCCAGGCCCGGGCUCAGUGUCAGGGGUCCCAGGCCACAGGUGGAGAACGAUCAAGUGUGUUCUCUGACAGGACCCAGCCAGCCAUGAAGACGGAGGCUUUCCAGGUCUCAGUGACGAUGAGACACUGACUUCCCAGAUCCUCCUUCACACUCCACUUUUCUAGAACCGUUUUGUAAAGCUGGUGACAGCAGAGGCUGCCCCAGGCCGGGUGUCCUCUCCUGUGUCUGUUGUGCCUUGCCCGGGCCCUCACGAUGGCAGAGCUCUCCUCAACCCACGGGACUUUAGUGCAAUUGAACCCAUCUAGUUGGUACUUUUAAACUACGUAUUGCUUCAGUGCUUUGUACAGUUUUCUUUCUGGUUUUAACUUUUAGUUGUGCUUUGAGACAGUGCAAUAAACUAGACUUUUCCAAA